AUGCUUGCAAAAGCUAUUGCAACCGAGGCUGGUGCAAAUUUCAUCAACAUAUCCAUGUCAAGCAUAACUUCCAAGUGGUUUGGCGAAGGAGAGAAGUAUGUGAAAGCAGUUUUCAGCCUUGCUAGUAAAAUCGCACCCAGUGUUGUUUUUGUUGAUGAGGUGGACAGCAUGCUGGGAAGACGUGAAAACCCAGGAGAGCAUGAAGCAAUGCGUAAAAUGAAAAACGAGUUUAUGGUGAAUUGGGAUGGCCUUCGUACAAAAGAUAGAGAACGGGUGCUUGUACUCGGUGCAACCAAUAGGCCUUUUGACCUCGAUGAAGCUGUCAUCAGGAGACUUCCUCGCAGGUUGAUGGUAAAUCUACCAGAUGCCACAAACAGGGAGAAAAUUUUAAGAGUCAUAUUGGCAAAAGAGGAGCUGGCACCUGAUAUGGAUCUUCAAGCAGUCGCUAAUAUGACAGAUGGCUACUCAGGAAGUGAUUUGAAGAAUCUUUGCGUGACAGCUGCCCACUGUCCAAUUAGAGAGAUAUUAGAGAAGGAAAAGAAGGAGAAAGCUUUGGCAUUGGCAGAAAAUAAGCCGGUACCUGCUUUACGGAGCAGUGCGGACGUUCGCUCACUAAAUUUGGAUGAUUUUAAGUAUGCACAUGACCAGGUAUGUGCGAGUGUGUCGUCUGAGUCAGCAAAUAUGAACGAGCUUCUGCAAUGGAAUGAGCUAUACGGCGAAGGUGGAUCCAGGAAGAAAAAGCUUCUCAGUUACUUCAUGUAGACAACACACGACACGAGUGUAUGAAUCAGCAACUAUCAAGUGUAUAGCAGUCCUCCCUUUGUUUACUUUUUUACAAAUUAGUUUGGGAUAAAAAAAAAAAAAAACAGACAGACAGACUUGUUGGUUUACUUUUCUAUCAUAAAAUGCCCACCCCACCCUCAUAUACAAAACGACCUGUAUCAACGGAAAUUCCUUUGCAGGUUUGUCACCCAAGAGAUUUUUUUUUCCUUGCGCUGAGUUGAGCCUUUCUCCUAUGUGUAUUAUAUAUAUUUAGUUGUUGCCUCCCUCCCUUGCUUUCAUUUCAAAUCCAUAUUUAUUUCAUUUGCCUUGCUAUUCUUAAAUUUUUUUAUGCCUUCUGUAUCUAUCUAUGUAGAGACUAAUAACUAAUUUGCUUGUUUUAUUUUUACAUUCACUGCCAUUCCAAUCU